AUGGAUCUCGGCGGGGACGCAGAAAAAGCAAUUAAUCAUGCUUUGGAGAGAGCAGGGUAUAUGGAGUAUCAGCUGCUGGAGGCCCGCGUCCUCCGGAAGUUACAGGAAGAAAUGGAGGAGCUUCUCUCGUCUCGGGACAGUGCGUUAUCAGAAAUACGUGCUCACCGCCAAAGCAUCCAGCAGAUGGUGGAAGAACUAGCAUGCCUUGAUAAAAAGCUCAGCAAAGAAGCCGACUCCAUCUGUACACACUUCGAUACAUGCGUUGCAGAGCUUCGACUAAAGUAUACAAACCAUUUACGACGAGAGAAGGCACGCCUAAAAUCCGUUAGUUAUAACUAG